AUGAUUAAAGGCCUAGUUAUGAUAUCUUACGGCCUGCUAAUCUGCAUAUGCUUUGCUGAAAAUGUCAUCAGCUUAGAUUCAGAGGUAGUCGUCCUACGCGCUGUACGAGGACGCGAUGCACACUUGCCCUGCGGUCAAGGAAAGGUGUUUUUAGACGGGCCAGAUUCUUAUGUGCUGUGGUUAAAGAACGAUAGGGAUUUUUUAUACCGUUUCCCUAAUGAGGAAACUGAAAGAAGAGCCAUGAAUAGGGACCGUAUAUUCGGCACGUCAUGUGACGCAGGGGCAUGUUACGACGAUACCUCUCUUCUUCUGAAACGAGUGAGUGAGCAAGACAGUGGUAUUUACCGAUGCAGGGUCCACUAUCAAGCUUCACCGUCUUUGGACUACGUAAUUGACGUGAGGUUGGUGGAUUCCCCAGGAAUCCCUAGGAUAUUUAAUGAUGCGGGUGAAGAAAUCAAAAGAGGUUACGUAGGCCCUCUCAGUCUCGGUUCCGAUCUUACGCUUAUUUGUGAGGUUGCUGAUGACCAACCGGAUACCUUAGUAUACUGGCGUCGUAACGGUGUGACUAUAGAGCGCGCGCACUCGGUUCGUGCCGGCGUACUGCGUGCGGAGGUGCGCGUGCGCAACGCGACACGCGACGAACUAGAUGCGCACUACGAAUGCCUCGCACAAAACGCUGACGUCACAGAACCUCUUAGCGCUAGUCUUGUGGUCAAAAUGUACCUUCCUCCAUUAAGUGUGGAAAUUCGUUUGAACAACAAUUUCGACUUUGAAACCGGACAGCCUCGCGUAGUCGACUGUGUGGUUGUAGGCUGCGUUCCACCUCCAGCCAUAACCUGGCAUUUGGGAGACGUUUUGCUGAGGCCCAGUGUUCACAAGGAGCUACAUGAUGGCAACUAUACAGUUUCAUCGCUGACGCUAGCCCCUUCACUGCGCGAUAGCAAGCAUAAUUUAAUUUGUCGUGCUCAUAAUUCCCACCUACCAAAGUCAAUUUUUGAAGAUAAAGUUACCUUAAACGUUGGAUAUCGGCCGAUUUGUCUCACAACUCGCGAAGAAACUAUCGGCGCUGUUUUGCAAGAAGCUGAAACAGUGACAUGCGUGGUGGAAGCUUCUCCCGAUCCGCUGCAGUUCAGUUGGACUUUUGCUGAUUCCAGAACUGUUUACACUAGUCCUAAGAAAGUGCCAGGACAUCAUAAUCGGUUUGCAUCGACAUUAACAUGGUUGCCUCGAGAUUCCGAUGUGGGCGUACUUCUGUGCCGCGCUACCAAUGCCUUUGGGGAGCAAAAACGACCCUGCUCGUACACCAUCGCUCCCGGGGGCCCUCCUCACGCGCCUGAAUGUGUUGUGUUGCGGUCAUAUCCCAAUGCUGUUCGAGUCCAAUGCCAAAAAGGUUGGGAUGGCGGAAGAUCUCAAGUGGUACAUCUAGAGGUUCUGAACUCGGACGGCACAAUACUGCAAAAUGUAUCAAACGCAGCUGGCCACUUCCAUUUACCGGAUAUUGAAGAUGAUAAAAACUUGACAACUAGGGUUUACGCCAGCAAUUCAAGAGGCCGAAGUGAAAUGAGGACAGUCUACCUUCAAACUAUUACUCCGCUUAGCGCUUCCGCUGUUAUCGAGGAGGUUCCAUCACGAUGGUGGGCGCGCUGGCUAGAGGCAGGCGCGGGCGCGGUGGCGGUGGCGGCCGCCGUAGCCGUUGCCGCAGUUUGCGUCAAGAUGGUGCAAGCCAAGCGAGCCAAUAUGGAACUUAAUCCUGAUUUAGUACCACGGUCUGAUGGCACCUUUCAUCGAGAACCAGACUUUGCCAGAGAGGAACGUGUACUCGGGACAACAAAUAUAACGGUCAACCAAUUGGCCGCAUGCCAAAAUCAAUAUACCGCGACACCGGUGCCAUCUUGCCGCGUACUUGUCGGCUGCGGGGCCCAUUCUCCACUUCAAGACUCUUGCCCAGCGACACAACACUCAUAUUACGUG